AUGGUAGUAAUUUAUUUAUUAACUAGCCAAGAUAAUAAAGUAAAACAACAAUCAACAUCAUCAUCAUCAUCAUUACAAUUUAAUAAAUCAAGUGAAAUAUUUGAUCAAGAAAGAUGGAAAUCAAAAAAAUUCACAUCACUUGCUGAUUUUUGGGGUGAACCAGAUAAAAAUAAAAGUGAAAUUGAAAAAUUACGAAUAAAAUUAGAAGAAGAAAAAUUUCGUCGUGAACAUUGUGAAAAAUUAAUUCAAGAAUUACAAAAAAAAUUAUUAGAACAACAAGAAAAAGUUGCUGUUGCAAUUGCAAUUGAUAAAGAAAAAAUAAUAAUAAUAUCACAAUAUCAAGUUAUGAUUAAUAAAUUAAAAGAUGAAUAUUUAAUAAUUAAUAAUAAAUUUGAAAAAUUACAAAAUACAUAUGACGAUGAUGUGUCAAAGUAUAAAACACAAAUAAACCAUUAUGAAAUGGAAAAUUUAAAUUUAAAAAAUACAUCAAAUCAAUACAAGGAUAAGUGUGAUUAUUUACAACAACAAAAUAAUAUUCUAAUUGACGAACAUAAAUGUCAAUUGGAAAAUAGCCAAAAAAUCAUAACAACAACAAAUGAAAAUUAUGAACUAUUAAAAAAUAAUCAUUUAAAGCUACAAGAGACAUCAUCAAAUUAUGAAAAAGAAUUAAAAAUGGAAAAAUUAAAAUUCACCGAAAUACAUAAAGAAAUGGAUAUUAUAAAUAAAGCACUUGAAACAUGUGAAAGUGAAUUGUCAUUGUUACGACAAGAAAAUGAAAAUUUACAGCUACGUUUCAAGGAAGAAAAAGAUAGAUGCACAAUAUUGGAUAAAAAAAAAACAGAUUUACUUGAAGAAUUAAAUAACAUGAGAAAAUGUGAAAUUGAUAUGAAAAAUCAAGUUAAAUUAUUAAUUUCACAAAAUGAUAAAAAACGUAAUGAACUACGUGAUAUUUAUCAAAAACAAGUUGAUGAUGUUGUACAAGUUAAACUCCAAGAAUUUCAAUCACAAUUAGAUUCUGCUGAAAUGACAUUUAAAAAUGAAAUUGAAACAAAACAACGUGUUAUUGCUGAAUGUGCUGCAAGAAAAAUUAAAAGUAUUAUUGACAAGCAUCAAUUGGAAAUUCAUUUAAUUGAAGAAAAACACAGAGAAGAAAAACGUUUGCAUGAUAUUAAAGUAUCAAAAUCAUUAAAUAAAAUAACAAUGCUAGAAUCUAAAUUAAAUGAUCAAGAAGCUGCUAAAUCACGUAUUGCACAACAAUUACAUGGACUUAUGGAAAAACAAUGGAAACAAGCAUUACAAAUAAUAUCACCAGUUGUAAAUAAUAAUAAUAAUAAAUAUUGUAAAAAUACAAGCUAUGUUUGUGGUGAUGGUCAUGAUGAUGAUGAUGAUGAUAAUAAUAAUUAUUAUUCUGAACCAGUUAAAUUGCAUAGAAAUCAUAGUGGCCAAAAACAUUCAUCUAAAAAUACUAAUAAUAAUAAUAAUAAUAAUAAUAAUAAUAAUAAUCAUAAAAAUAAAAAUAAUUAUAUUCAACAAAAACAUGAAGAAGAAGAAAGUCUUGUUGCUUUUACAUCAACUGAUCAUUCACCAGAAAGUAAAUUAAUUGACUCAAAAGAAGAUUUAAAAAAAUGCAUUCAAAUGAUACUCCAGAUGCAAGAUAAUAAACCAUUUGAAACUGAAAAUGAGUCAUUCACAUCACCAGUAUCAUCAAGACAAGUGCCACGAAAAUAUUAUACUAAAGCUGAUAGCCAAGAUAGUCAGCAGCAACAACAACAACAACAGAGUGUCACAUUUGGUAAAAAUGUAUCAUGGGAACCAAUUGAAGCAGACAGUUCCAUUGCUGAUACUUCAAUUAUUCAUUUCGAUAUUAAAUCAACAAAACCACCAUGGAAAUGAUUUAAUUUAUCAUUGAAAAAAAAAAAAAAGACUUUACAAAUAUUUUUUGUAUUAAUUU